AUGGGACAAACCACCGUGGCCCAGCGCCUCCUCACCACCUUCACGCUUCUCACCAGCUUAUCUAGCGUGACAGCAACAUCUAACAGCUCAGUCACGCUUCCUGGUUAUGGUACUUUUCUCGGCACGACGGUCUCCCAGACUCUAACCAAUAAACCUUUACCACGCACGGUAGACGCAUGGUUGGGUAUCGAUUACGCCUCUCAGCCUGUUGGAGAAGGGAGGUUCGCGCCUGUUGGUGCACCAGCACCUUUUUCCGGGGUCAAGAAUGCGACGAGUUAUGGAUACUCGUGUUUCCAGGAUCCGUUGGAUAUUAAUUUUGAGAUGGAUGAGGCGUGUCUGAGCAUGAACGUUUUUCGACCGCAGGGCAUUGGGUCGCACGAGAAGCUGCCCGUGCUGAUCUGGAUUCAUGGGGGUGGUUUCGUUGCCGGCAGUGCUAGGAGUUUUGAUGGUCCGAGUUUUGUGGCUAAUUCGAAGGAGCCGUUGAUUGUUGUCAAUUUCAACUACAGGGUAAACUCUUGGGGCUUCCUUCCUUCCCCAGUUUUUGAGCGCGAAGGACUUCUCAACCUUGGCCUUCGGGAUCAGGAAACACUGUUUAAGUUCGUUCAAAAGUACAUUACGGCUUUUGGAGGCGAUCCUUCCCGAGUCACUAUUGGAGGUCGUUCAGCUGGUGCGCACUCAGUCGGUAUCCACCUUUUCCACAACUACAACACCACCGAGGGCGCUGCACCGCUCUUCUCCCAGGCUCUUCUUCAGUCCGGGAGUGUAACCGCUCGAGCAUUCCCCAACGCAUCUUAUCCGUUGUACCAAGAGCAAUUCUCACGCUACCUGGGUCUUACAGGGUGUGGUGCAGUGGCCAACAGCACUGACACCGAGAUCCUCAGCUGUCUACGUUCUGUUCCCGCUGCUGCCAUUCAGAAUGCUAGCGCUCUGCUGUGGCGUGAUUCUGAAUAUGCCAUCAAAUGGCCAUUCCAGCCCACACGAGGGGGUCCCCUUCUCGAGCAAGCCGGCUCAAUUUCUGGAUUUAACAGCCAAUUCUACCGCAUUCCUACCAUCACAACCAAUGUGCCCGACGAAGCAAAAUACUACUCCCCAGGCGACAUUGAAACCAACGAAGAAUUCCUCGCCUUUUUGAAAAACCUGAUCCCCGGUCUGACCACCGAAGAUCUAUCUGAUAUCGAGAAACUAUACCCCGACCCUACUGGGUUGGACAGUGGACCAUAUGUUCACAGCCCGAACACUACUCAAUACAACCGUCUUUCCGCUGCUCUCACAGACUACAUGUACGCUUGCGCCGGCCAAGAAACCGCUCUCCGCAUGUCUGCCGCCGAAGUACCGGUUUACAAAAUGGUCUUUGCUGUGAACAACACUUUCCCUACCUGGAAAGGCAUACCGCACACUGCCGACACCAAGUACACAUGGGUUGAGCCAGCCGGUAGCGGUGGUGUGCAAUAUCCGGAUGUAGGCAAGGAACUGUUGAAUGCGUAUUUCUCGGACUUUGUUGCGUUGGGCGAUCCAAAUGCGGGUAAUAGGACUGGUGUGCCACACUGGCCGCAAUACGCGGAUGAGGGUAGGGGUAAGCCGGGGCUACAGUUAAGGCUGGAGGCCUUCGGCAAUACUAGGGUUGAGGGAGAUGGGAUUAGGAGGAAGCAGUGCGAGUGGUGGAGGGAUGAAAGCAGGGCUGGGAGACUUGAGAAGUAG